GCUCGUGUUAUUUGUCCCUCGGGUCGCUCCGUAGCGUAGCCAUGGCUUCCUCAGAAGCGCAGCCCCGCUUUGGUCAGUCUGUUAAAGGUCUGCUGUCUGAUAAAGUGGGCUGUUGCAGCGGAGAUGUAAUCGCCCUUACUCGACAGGUUUUAAAAGGUUCUCGUAGCCAAGAGCUGCUCGGCCAGGCGGCCAGAAAUAUGGUCAUUCAGGAGGACGCUAUUCUGCACUCUGAAGAUAGUCUGAGGAAGAUGUCCAUAAUAACUACUCAUUUGCAGUAUCAGCAAGAAGCCAUCCAAAAGAAUGUGGAACACUCCAAAAACCUUCAGGACCAGCUAAGACAUUUGCUUAAAUAACCAGGCUAUGAUGUUGAUCUCCUCUAGGAGAUUUGGUUUGUUUCUUUUAUCACUUUUCAUUAAGUGGCCAGAUAUUGUGCAGAGCAUUCACAGUUGCUCUCUUAAGGGAGGGAUCAGGUGAGCCCCUAGAUAGGCCUCAUGUUAUUGAGACAUAGUCUCAUCCAAUGUUAUUUGAUUGUGUUCAGUUAUUAUGUUUAUGAUUUUAAAUAUAAUUUUACACUGUUGCCAGUUAAAUUGGAGCAUGCCACUUUUAUCAAGGACUGGAUGAAGGACUAGUGUCAGUGUUCAAUUACCCUGCCUUAAAGAAAAAAGUGUGCAUGAACAAUCUACUGCAUAUUUACUUCAAUUUAUUUGCCUUUUUUACUUUGAGGAAUAAAUAAAUUGGUCUUUUGUAUACAAAUUGUAGGAUUCAGCCACAUACUCUUUACAGAGGGGAAAUUGGGAUGUGUGAUAUAUCAGAAUCUCAGCAAGGUCAAGCAGAUGUCUGUCCUAGACUGUAGCCUCGAUCAUCACUCCCAGGAAGCUUUGGAUUCCACAAUGUUCUCACUUAUCUUGCAAGCUAUUUGUGCUCAGGGUUUUAGACACAAACAACCAGUAAGACCUGCAAACAGAGGAAUUCAUUGUGUCCUCAUGUUUAUCCCACAUUUUUAUGUAGGAAAAAAAUUAUGAAGGAGUAUGACGGUCCCAGGUGGUACAAAGGUGUUACUACAGCUGUAUGUCUAGAAGUAUAUUUAUUCUGUUUUUGUACAAUGUCCACAAAUUUGACAAAUUAUGUUAGGGAGAAAAAGUUGCAGAAAUUCAAGAAGUACUAUAGCAAAAAUAGUUGGUCAGUGACUGCUGUUACGAUGUGACUUUGAACAGUUUGUGAACAUGGAAGAGGUCUAGUCUUGGACAAAAUUAUAAUGUCAUUGGUGAUUCACAAUUGAAAAACCUUUUUUAACUAACUUGAGUAAUCUUGGUUCAGUACGGCCAACACUUAAUGUUUGUGUUAUAUAAGAGUAAGAAAGAUUAUGAUGUUAUAAAAUGUUUAGUUUCACAAUUGUUAAAUCCAUGGUUUGGAAUUUGCUGCUCGAGAGAAUGUUUGCCCUGCCUCUGAACAUCUUUAUCAGUACUCAAGGACAGUGUGCGCUGUUCCAGGAAAGCAGAGGAAAGAUAUUUGAAACUUUGUCAGCCAUUGCGAUUACUUGUUUUUUGUUUUUUUUUUGUAAGCAAGUGUCUGAUAUUUGUGGCAUGCAUUUCUGUAGAAAUGUAUUUGUUUGAAUUAAAUUUGUACAUAAAUGAU